AUGCAAGCCGUGCUAUUUUCUAACGAGGCAGAGCGGUUGCCACAAAGGACAGGAUUGCCCUUUUUGUCAUAUCCAUUUUGUAACAAGCAGAAGAAUCGCAAGACUGGAAGGAAUCGAACUUUUAGGUGCACGGAAUGCGGCAUGUACAACCUCGGCAGGAAUCAGGAGUGCUCGCAAUGCAAGGCGAAGAAAUCUUGCAGAGCUGUGCUUUUUCAGCAGUGCUUCCUGGAGCGACGGCUCAAUGAUGGGGCGCGGGGUUGUCUAAAGUCCGUUGGGCUAGUUCAAGUGUCCGCCACCCUCGUGGGCCCCGAAGUUAUUCUUCAUCGCGUGUUCUGA